AUGAAGAUAUUGGGCCAGAUUGCUUUCUUGCUUCUGCUUGGGGGAAUCUGGUGUCAGAACAACCGUAAUGCUAAAGCUAGUGGCAAGUCCACCAAGAAGUCUGGUGGGAACCAAGGAGGUGAUGUUGGCCAGUCAGCCCCUGUCGUCGAACUGACUCCUGGAAGCACAGAGGCCACUGGAGGUACUGGAGGUACUGGAGGCACUGGACAGCAGACAAAUGAUAUGAGGCUGCACUUCCUCAAGAACACCCAAGUCACAUGUAAUGAUGGAACAUCAGCUGGGUUUUACCUAAAGGAGUUCAGAGGAAGCCGCCGAUGGCUGUUAUUUCUGGAAGGUGGCUGGUGCUGCUACAGCAGAGAGACCUGUGAUUCCAGGUACCAAAAUAUCCCACGACUAAUGAGCUCAUCAGGGUGGCCCCAAACAAAAAGAGGAACUGGAAUACUUUCUUCCCAAGCAGAAGAAAACCCUCACUGGCAUAAUGCAAACAUCAUAUUCAUCCCAUACUGUUCCAGUGAUGUAUGGAGUGGAACUGGUCCGUCUCCAACCCCUCCGCCCCGGCCACGACAAGGAAGAGAGAAAGAAAGAGAGCAAAAUGCAAACACAACUGAGUACACCUUCAUGGGAUCCCUGAUCAUCCGAGAGGUCAUCAAAGACCUCAUCCCCAAAGGAAUCAAGCAGGCCAAGGUUGUAAUGCUGUCUGGCACAAGUGCUGGCGGGACAGGUGUUUUGCUGAACAUCGAGAGAGUGGCCAGUCAGCUGGAGCUGCUCGGUGCAGAGGCUCAGGUCCGAGGCCUGGUGGACUCUGGCUGGUUUUUAGAGAGUAAGCAGCAGAGAUCACCUAACUGUCCCGAGACUGUCUCCUGCUCACCUGAAGAUGCCAUCAAGAUCGGACUCAGGUUGUGGAAUGGGGUUGUGCCUGAGAGAUGUCGGCAGCUCUACAAGAGAGGAGAAGAGUGGCAGUGCUUCUUUGGACACAAACUCUACUCUACCUUGACCUCCCCUCUGUUUGUUGUGCAGUGGCUGUUCGAUGAGGAGCAACUGAGGGUCGAGAACAUCUACAUGGGAGGACAGAGUCUGUCUGUGGAGCAGUGGCAGUACAUACAGAACCUGGGCAGAGAGCUCACAAACUCCCUAAGAGAUGUCACGGCUGUAUUUGCUCCAUCUUGCCUCUCCCACACAGUGCUGACUAAAAGUAACUGGAUGACUUUCCAAGUCAGAGGUACUUCUCUGCCACGGGCCCUGCACUGCUGGGACAGGAGCCUGGAGGCAACGCGCAACAACAGGACUCCAGCCAAAGGUUGUCCUUUCCACCUGGUCGACACCUGCCAGUGGCCCCAGUGCAACCCCACCUGCCCGGCCUUGGUGGACCAGGCCACCCAGCAGGAGCUUACCCUGCUCCAGAUGCUAGUAGCCAUGGGCCUUGACCUCCAGAGGCUGGGCUUGGAUCCCCAGGGAGAUGAAGAUUCUCUUGCCAGCAUGGUCAGCAACGGUGGCUAA